GUGAUGGAGCGCUGGCGGGGCAGAGUGGCUCUGGUGACCGGAGCCUCGGUCGGCAUUGGGGCAGCUCUAGCCGUAGAACUGGUCCGGCUCGGUAUGAAAGUGGUGGGCUGCGCCAGGGACGUGGGAAAAAUACAGAAACUGGCUGCAGAGUGUCAAAAUGCCAGCCAUCCUGGUGUUUUGGUGCCUUUGAAGUGUGACGUGAGCAAAGAGGAGGAGAUUCUGGCCAUGUUUGCAGCAAUUAAAAAGCAGCACAAAGGUGUGGACGUGUGCAUCAACAACGCUGGCCUGGCUCACGCAGAGCCAUUGCUAAAUGGCAAAACCAGUGGCUGGAAGAACAUGAUGGAUGUGAACGUUCUUGCACUGAGUAUCUGUGCACGUGAAGCAUAUCAGUCAAUGAAAGAGAGAAAUGUGGAUGAUGGGCACAUCAUAAACAUAAACAGUGUGGGUGGACAUCAGGUCUAUCCCUUUCCCGAUUUACAUUUCUACAUGGCGACCAAGUUUGCUGUAACCGCUCUGACUGAGGGCCUGAGGCAGGAGCUGCGUGCAGAAAACACACAUAUCAGAGCUACGAGCAUCUCUCCUGGUUUAGUGGACACAGAAUUUGUAUCACGGGUCCACAGUGACAGUCCUGAUAAAGUAGCUGCUGUGUACAGUGCAUUUACGCCUUUGAAACCAAAGGACAUCGCCAGUGUUGUCACAUACAUCCUCAGUGCCCCGCCUCAUGUUCAGAAACUGGCAGCAGAGUGUCAGAGUGCCGGCCACCCUGGUGUUUUGGUCCCAUUCAAGUGUGACUUGAGCAAAGAGGAAGAGAUUCUGGCCAUGUUCGCAGCGAUUAAGGAGCAGCACAAAGGUUUGGACGUCUGCAUCAACAACGCUGGCUUGGCUCACCCAAUUGCUCUAAAUGGCAAAACCAUUGGCUGGAAGAACAUGAUGGAUACUCCUUUGUGCAACCCGCUUCCUCUUUAUCUUCGCCUCUCCCAUGUUUCUCAGGCUCCAUUCAAGUCUCCACCUUUAUCUCCCCCACCAGCAUCUAAACUCUGGGAGAUCCUGGCCUAA